CAUUUUUGACUUGGACAGGCGUCCCCGCCAGGCAUAUGUUGUCGCUCAAAGUGUUGACUUGCACACAGACGUGGAUGAAGAGAUGAUAGAUGGAGGCAUCUCAGAUGUGGAUGAAGACGGUGGCAACAUAAAGAUCGAGUAUACAGGGGGUCUAACUCUGAAUGAUGCACAACAGGACAUUCUCAAUGAACUGGUGCUCAGCUUCAAGUCCAAGUUUUUAGGAGUGUCUUUUGUACACUGUCUUACUACAACUGACACUCAAGUUGGACAAAUGAAAGUGCCAGAGAGGGUUGCUACAAGCUUGAACAUCCCUAAAAAAGGGUUGGCUUGUGUUCGUCUAAGCAGUGGGGAGGCAAAGACUCGUGUUGAAUACAGCACGUCUACUGAUGGACGUAUAGCUUUCAACAAAAAGCAGUGGAGGCGUUUCCUUUCAAAGACUACCCUGGAAAUCAAUGACUGCAUCUUCAUGUUCUUCAAGGCCAGCAGCAAGUCUUGCAUGAAUGUUACUGUUGUCGUCAGCAAGCUUUAAGUUUCACUUUCUUUUUCGAGAAGCUAUGUUCCUAGUUAUGUAGUAUGCUGAUGCAAAACAUCGCUGCGGUCUUUUGUUUAUGCGGUUGACAAGAACCAAGUACC